CUCUGUCAGCCCUGGGGAGGAAGGGUGAGAGGGUGAGAGAGAGAGAAAGAGAGAGAGACAGAGAGAGAGCUCUUCUUUAAAACUUUUGAAUAAAACUUUUGAACAAGAUGAAAAAAAAAGUCACAAAAUACAUGCACUAUAAGAAAAAUUCUAAAAACAAGCAGCAUAGCCUGCUAAUCUUCUGUCAAAAAGUUAUCAGGCCUUUUUUAAUGAAAUAAAUAGAUUUUUACAGUAAUCGCCAUUAAACAGGCAUUCAGUUAUUGGUAAAAUGGAAACAUUCUUAUUUACAGCACAGCCUCUGUAUCAAUAACUUCGUUAUCAAAUCUGUCCCACUAGUACUCAACACCUGUAGAACUAAUAAUAUGUAGGCUUCAUUUUGUGUUAAAUAUAAAUCUAUUUUAUUUCACUCUAUUUCUCCUUUGAUAAGAUCAGUAAAUUGCAGUUACACCAACAUGAAUAAAUAAAUUCACAAACUGAAAACUAUUUCUCUUUCGAAAAGCGAGCGAAAUCCCUCACCUCGGGAAACCCAGGUGCAACACUUUGAAGCACAUUGGUUCCGUUUAGGUGGCCCCACUUUACAUUUUCAGCAUAAAGUAAAAAAAAAACAACAUUUUGUUUUCACUACAGGUGCAAUUACUUACUUUGGUACGUUUUCUUAAUACCGAAAUAUUAUGAUCUGCAGUUAUUUUAAUUACAAUCAGUGACGUGAUGAUAAUGUAAUGAUGCUCACUGUAUAAAGCAUUAAUACGCCUCUCUCACUCCUCUGGCAUCCACCCUCUCUCCCCACAUAUGUUGGAAGCUCGCUCUAUCACAGCCAGUCUCUGGCCCAUCUCGAAGCUUGUGCAGCAACAAUCUGCCAAUAGCGAGCCUGCUGAGGUGGGGGGAGAGCGAGCACACGCACAUACUAUACAGCGUACGAAGCUCGUGUUCGUAUGUAAUAUGUGAGCGGCAGGAAGCAGCUCGUUCUGCUCAUUGCAGAAGGACGGCAGAAUGGCGAGAGGACGGCGGGGUCUCGUGGCCCCUCAGAACACGUUUCUAGAGAACAUCGUCCGCCGGUCCAACGAUACCAAUUUUGUGCUGGGAAACGCUCAGAUCGUGGAGUGGCCUAUCGUCUAUAGCAAUGAUGGCUUCUGUAAACUCUCUGGCUACCAUCGUGCUGAGGUCAUGCAAAAGAGCAGCACCUGCAGCUUCAUGUAUGGAGAACUGACAGACAAGGAAAUGAGUGAGAAGGUUAGACAGACCUUUGAGAACUACGAGAUGAACUCUUUUGAGAUUCUGAUGUACAAGAAAAACCGGAUGCCAGUUUGGUUUUUCAUGAAGAUUGCCCCAAUCAGAAAUGAGCAGGACAAAGUUGUCCUGUUUCUCUGCACUUUCAGUGACAUCACUGCCUUCAAGCAACCGAUUGAGGAUGAAUCUUCUAAAGGGUGGGGUAAAUUUGCUCGUUUGACUCGUGCACUAACCAGCAGUCGAGGAGUUCUUCAGCAGCUUGCCCCAGCUGUCCAUAAAGGAGAGAAUGUUCAUAAACAUUCACGCCUGGCAGAGGUUCUCCAGCUGGGUUCAGAUAUCUUGCCUCAGUACAAACAGGAAACCCCAAAGACACCACCACACAUCAUUCUCCACUAUUGCCUUUUCAAGACCACGUGGGACUGGGUUAUCCUCAUCCUGACAUUCUACACUGCUAUCAUGGUGCCCUACAAUGUCUCGUUUAAGACCAAGCAGAACAAUGUCACCUGGCUGGUGGUGGACAGCAUUGUGGAUGUCAUCUUCCUCGUGGACAUUGUCCUCAAUUUCCACACUACGUUUGUUGGUCCAGCUGGAGAGGUUAUCUCUGAUCCCAAACUAAUUCGCAUGAACUAUGUCAAAACCUGGUUUGUCAUCGACCUCUUGUCCUGCUUGCCUUAUGAUGUUAUCAACGCUUUUGAGAAUGUGGAUGAGGGAAUCAGCAGCCUGUUUAGCUCUCUCAAAGUGGUACGUCUGCUGCGUUUGGGUCGAGUUGCCAGAAAGCUGGAUCAUUACAUUGAGUAUGGUGCUGCUGUACUGGUUUUGCUGGUAUGUGUGUUUGGCCUGGCAGCCCACUGGCUGGCCUGUAUCUGGUACAGCAUCGGAUACUAUGAGGUGAUUGAUGAGAACACCAACACUGUGAGGAUGGACAGCUGGUUGUACCUGUUAGGAGAGACAGUUGGGAUGCCAUACAGAUUCAAUGCCUCGAGCUCAGGCAUCUGGGAGGGCGGGCCCAGUAAAGACUCAGCCUACAUCACUUCGUUGUACUUUACCAUGACCAGUCUGACCAGUAUUGGCUUCGGAAACAUAGCACCAAACACAGAUGGAGAGAAGAUCUUUGCUGUAGCCAUGAUGAUGAUUGGAUCGCUGCUGUAUGCCACCAUCUUUGGUAACGUCACCACCAUCUUCCAGCAGAUGUACGCCAACACCAACAGGUACCAUGAGAUGCUCAACAGUGUGAGAGACUUCCUCAAGCUCUACCAGGUCCCUAAAGGCCUGAGUGAGCGUGUGAUGGACUACAUUGUGUCCACCUGGUCUAUGUCAAGAGGCAUUGAUACUGACAAGGUGCUGCAGAUUUGUCCAAAGGACAUGCGAGCAGACAUCUGUGUCCACCUCAACAGGAAGGUGUUUAAGGAACACCCGGCAUUUCGCCUGGCCAGUGAUGGCUGCCUGCGGGCUCUGGCCAUGGAGUUUCAGACCAUCCACAGUGCCCCUGGUGACCUUAUCUAUCAUGCUGGAGAGAGCGUGGACAGCCUUUGCUUCGUCGUGUCUGGAUCGCUGGAGGUCAUCCAGGACGAUGAGGUGGUGGCCAUUUUAGGUAAAGGUGAUGUGUUUGGUGACGUGUUCUGGAAGGAGAUGACACUGGCUCAGUCCUGUGCUAAUGUCCGAGCAUUGACCUACUGUGACCUCCACAUAAUCAAAAGAGAUGCGCUGCAAAAAGUUCUGGAGUUUUACGCCAACUUUGCAAACCACUUUGCCAGGAACCUGGUGCUUACUUACAACCUGAGGAAGAGGAUUAUCUUUCGGAAGAUCAGUGAUGUGAAACGUGAAGAGGAAGAGAUGCUGAAAAGGAAGAAUGAGGCUCCUCUCAACCUCCCACCAGACCACCCAGUUCGACGACUCUUUCAGCGUUUCCGGCAGCAGAAGGAAGCCCGUCUCGCUGCUGAGCGGGGUAGUCAGGCCACUGGUGAUGUCGAGAAAGGUGUUAUUCACCUGGAGCCAUCCAGAGGUCCAGAGAGGCUUGCCUCUACUAGUAUUGUCGUAGUAACUGAGAACCAAGCUGCAACCACCAGUUCCUCCACAUCUUCAUCAUCCAGGGCAUCCAGUCAAGCCAUGUUUCAUGUUCCCGGCAUCCAAAAUGGCAGUCUAACUGGUUGCAAAUCUGCAGAGCCACCCAAAGCUAAAGGGUGGGGACAUUUCAAAGAGUCAGUUGUGAAAGCUGAGUCAUGGAGCAGUGUCUCCAAGGCUGAGUCCAUGGAAAUGCUGACUGAUAGAACUAAGUGUCACAACGAGGUGUCUCUAAGGAAAACAGAUUCAUGUGACAGUGGCAUCACAAAGAGUGAUCUCCGCUUAGAUAAUGUUGGCAGUGUCAGAACACCACAGGAGCAGAGCCCAGUCCAGUCUGAUGAAAAGAGGGUCUUUUGUUCAAUACCAGAGCAGAGUGUGCAAGCAUCUAUCCUCGAGUUCAAACAAGAAUUAAAAAGAGACAUCAGAUCUCUGAACAGUCGCAUGACAGUGCUGGAGACACAGCUUACAGAGGUGCUACGACUUCUUAAAUCAAGGAAAUCAUCUGGGUCCUUUUUCGAGUUCUCUCGGCCACCAUCUCCUGACUCUGAUAAGGACAGCUUCAAUUAAAUUAGAUGCCUCGGAUACAUACAUAAGUGUGGUUGUGGUUAGUGAUUCAUCAUUGUCAUAUCAUACUCAGCAUACUCAUCCUAUGCUGUCUGUAUGGUAUCAUAUACCAUAUGAUACCUGGAACAUAAAGACAGCAAAAGCACCUUUUAUGUUUUCAGCAUUACGCUUCUGUUUGAGAUAGUCAGGUCCAUAAAUUUUGG